CCCAGACCGGCGAACACUACAGUCAGGAUGGCUAAAGGUGAUCCCAAGAAACCAAAGGGCAAGAUGUCCGCCUAUGCCUUCUUCGUGCAGACGUGCAGGGAAGAACACAAGACGAAAAACCCAGAGGUUCCAGUCAACUUUGCCGAGUUUUCCAAGAAGUGCUCUGAGAGGUGGAAGACGAUGUCUAGCAAAGAGAAAUCAAAGUUUGACGAGAUGGCCAAGGCAGAUAAGGUACGCUACGGUCGUGAAAUGAAAGAUUAUGAGUCAGCUAAAGGAGGCAAAAAGAAGAAGGACCCGAAUGCCCCCAAAAGACCUCCGUCUGGAUUUUUCUUGUUCUGCUCUGAAUUCCGCCCGAAGAUCAAAUCUGCAAACCCUGGCAUCUCCAUUGAAGAUGUGGUCAAAAAGCUGGGUGAGAUGUGGAAUAACUUAAGUGACAGUGAAAAGCAGCCUUACAUGACCAAGGCAGCAAAGCUGAAAGAGAAGUAUGAGAAGGAUGUUGCUGACUAUAAGUCUAACGGGCAGUUUGAUGGCGCCAAGGGUCCUGCUAAAGUUGCCCGGAAAACGGUGGAAGAAGAGGAGGAGGAGAAGGAAGAGGAAGAAGAGGAGGAGCAAGAAGAUGAAUAAAAACUCUGUCUCCUUGUGAAUACCUUAGAGUAGGAGAGCGCUGUGAUUGACACAUCUCUUAUUUGAGUCGUGUCUAUUGCCCUUGUUAGGUUUAAUUACAAAAUUUGAUCACGAUCAUAUUGUAGUUGCUCAAAGUGUCAGUGGUUUACAUGAAGUGGCCGUGGGUGU